GUCAGGGAAACAUUAACUUGGAGUUCUGUCGAUUGGGGUGAAACAAGUUAGAAAGUACCUUGCAGAACACAGCCCGCGGCUAAACAAGUGCACACGACAAUGCAAAUUCCAAUUUUUACGGUUGAUGCAUUUACAAACCGGCCCUUUGCUGGAAAUCCUGCGGCAGUUUGUCUGCUUGAAAAUGACUUGGAUGAAGAUUUGCACCAAAAAAUUGCCACAGAAAUGAAUCUUUCAGAAACAGCUUUCAUCAGAAAACUGAAACCUGGAGAUGACUUUACCAAAAGUUCCUGCUUUGGGCUCAGAUGGUUCACCCCAGCCAAUGAAGUUCCUCUCUGUGGUCAUGCUACUCUUGCGUCAGCUGCUGUGUUAUUUCAUGUACAAAAAAAUACAAACUCAGUUCUCACAUUUAUGACAUUGAGUGGGGAGUUAAAGGCCAGACAAGUGAAAGAUCAUAUUGUCCUGGACUUGCCACUUUACACAGCCUACCCCCAGGAACUUAAGGAAGUGGAAGAAUUAAUAAAGGCAGCUGUUGGUGACAUGACUGUUCAAGAUGUCCGUUAUUCUCCUGACACAAAGAAACUCUUAGUCCGCCUCAGUGAUACUUAUGAAAGGUCUGUGUUGGAACAAAUGAAAGUGARUGCACAACACUUUUUGUCAGCUGAAAAGACAGGAAAAGUGAAAGGACUCAUACUCACUGUUAAGGGAAAUUCCAGUGGAAAAGGCCAUGAUUUUUACUCCAGAUAYUUUGCACCUUGGUAUGGAGUUCUGGAAGACCCUGUUACAGGAUCUGCCCAUGCUGUUUUAAGCAGCUACUGGUCAGAGCAGCUGGGGAAGACAGAAAUGCUUGCUUUUCAAUGUUCGCGCCGUGGAGGAGAGUUGAAGAUUUCUGUGCGCAAUGACGGAAGAGUUGAUGUUGCGGGGCAAACUGCUGUUGUAUUAAAAGGAAACCUGACUGUCURAAGGAACUGACACUAAUCUCCCUCUCACUGAUCACUAAUCUUCAUGUUAGUCUGAUUAUGCUGAAUUUAUCUCUGCUCUAGGCAGUGAAUCACUACUGCUCUCUAAAGUCUUUGAUUACUCACUCUCCAUUUUAAAAUAYUGCUUGAAAUUACUCACUUCUGAUCUUCAAGAUCCUUGCUAUUCUUCAUAGUCAUCUUGCUAYUUCCUAUGUACACUGAUCUAUGAAAAUGUUGGAGGACAGCUUUCUUGUUUUUCUGCUUUUAAGUGGUUCCUCCCUUCAUCUCCAAAUUCCAUGUUAGAAGCACUUACUGCUUUCUGGAUUAAACUGUAAACAUCUGUUUGAUAAAAUAAUCAAACUUCUCCCAUGCUGCUAAUUUUUAAUGAAAGUUGAAUUCAUUAAAAAAAAACAAACCUUUCUCUGCUAUAUAUUGAAAUGACACUCAUGUUCAUUAACUUACUUGAAUUAAAAUAUGAAAACAUGUAAGUGGUUUAGAAAUGUGCCUUUUGGUUCUCUUUUAUGAACAAUGUUUUUCAAAGUUGAAUGGUAUUGCCUUUGAUCAUAGCACUGCUGCUUAUUCAAUACUUUUAAUUAAAGGUUUAGUAGAAAGAUUUGACAGAUGACRUUGUGAUGCACAUAAAGCUGAUUAAAAUCUGAAAGGAAACUUCAUUAUUUCAUUGUAAUGUCAGUCACUUUU